UCGUCUGCCGGCUGGCUCGGUCCAAACAUAAAAUCAAAAGACAACUUGUACAGCCUCCGAACAUACCAUCCAUUCCUCAGAUUACCCAAAGAAAAGAAAUGGUGAUUAUUCUCUUCCACUUCUUCUUGCUAUACACUGCUGCAGCAGUUGGUCUUGCUCCACCCCCAACAUAUCCAAACGGUUGCCAGCCGACGAGGUGCAAACGCGGCGGCCCCUCCGUGCGGUUCCCCUUCCAAUUGAAAGGCCGGCAACAUGAAAACUGUGGCUCACCAGGGUUUAACCUGUCCUGCGACAACAAGAAUCGGACGGUGCUGGAGCUGCCCAAAUCGGUGAAGUUGUUGGUGAAGCGUAUAGAUUAUGUAAAGCAAAUGAUUCAAGUGUAUGCUGAAGAUGGUUGCGUCCAAAAUCAGCUCCCAAAUCUCACAAUGUCUUUGUCUCCUUUCAAUCUCUCAUUGGACAAUGCUUAUUCCAGUGAACUGAGAAACUUUACUUUGUUCGAAUGUUCCGAUGUGGACCAAUUCGACUACGGUAAUUAUAACAUCAUCCGUUGCUUAAGUAGUAAGCCUGGGUUUGUCGUUAAAUACACGGAUUCCGAUUAUGCAAGCACCGAUCUGUUACAUUGCCGGAAGACUAUAGAUCUCAAAGAAGUUCCCUACGCGCUGUUAUCAUCAGAUUGGAGUAGGAGCAACAAUUUUUACUUUAAUUGGAGCAGACCGGCGUGCGGUUACUGCGAAGCACAGCACCAAGGAUGUCGACGCAAUGAUACCAAUCCCUCCGGCUUCGAGUGCUUUGUCAUCCCUAUCAAACAUAUGGGUACAAGAACGAAGCUGAUGAUUUCAGGUAUAAGCAUCGGUUCCUUUUUUCUUGCACUCAGCCUUUCUGUUGUUCUAUAUAUGCACCAUUUGCAUAAAAAAGAGAAAGACGCUCAGCGCAAAAUCGAACAGUUUUUGGAAGAUUACAAAGCUCUCAAGCCCUCUCGAUAUUCCUAUGCUGAUAUCAAGAGGAUCACCUUUGAUUUCAAGGAAAAGCUGGGACAAGGUGGUUAUGGAACUGUUUUCAAAGGUACACUUUCCAACGAUGUUUCCGUUGCCGUCAAGCUUCUUAACAAUUUCAAAGGAAAUGGGGAAGAGUUCAUCAACGAAGUCAGCUCCAUGGGUCGAAUCCACCACGUCAAUGUCACUCGUCUCGUCGGCUUUUGCGCCGACGGGUAUCAUCGAGCCUUGGUUUACGAGUACCUACCCAAUGAGUCAUUAGAGAAGUUCAUAUUCGGAGACAAAGGUGAGAAUCAUUUCCUGGGCUGGGAAAAGCUUCACGAAAUUGCUCUAGGCAUUGCCAAAGGCAUUGAGUACUUGCACCAAGGUUGUGAGCAAAGAAUCCUCCAUUUCGACAUCAAACCUCACAAUAUCUUGUUGGACCAGCACUUCAAUCCGAAAAUCUCCGAUUUCGGGUUAGCCAAGCUAUGUUCUAAAGAGCAGAGUGCGGUAUCAAUGACAGCAGCAAGGGGAACCAUGGGCUACAUUGCACCUGAAGUGCUGUCUAGGAACUUUGGGAACGUAUCCUACAAAUCAGAUGUUUAUAGUUUCGGAAUGAUGCUGCUUGAAAUGGUGGGAGGACGCAAAAAUAUCGAUGUCAAAGUGGAACAUAUGAGCCAAGUCUACUUCCCAGAAUGGGUUUACAAUCGUUUGGACAAAGGUGAAGCGUUAGGAAUGAGCAUUGAGAAUGAAGAACAUGAUAAGAUAGCAAAGAAGCUUACAAUUGUUGGACUUUGGUGCAUCCAAUGGUAUCCGGUGGAUCGUCCAUCGAUGAAAUCGGUGGUUCAAAUGUUGGAAGGAGAGGUUGAGCAUCUCACGGUACCGCCAAAUCCUUUUGCCUCUAAAGAUGAAAUGAGGGCUAAACUGCCCAUUAACAGAGAGCUUCCCACUAUUUCUGAAUAAUUAAGAGUAUAUAUCUAAGCAAUAUCCGAUCUGCAACGAUUGGUAUACAUCAAAGCUUGUCAUACUAGAUUUGCUCCAUCCCUGAGCUGAAUGCAUUAAUAUAUAAUAACGUAAUAUUUAAUGUGGGUAUAGUAAAUGAUUCCAUAAUAAUCGGAAAAGGGAUGGACAUAAUAAUUUUAUUCACCACUGCAAGUGGAAAAUUGAAGAUAUUAUGAGAUGGAUAAUAUGAUUGAUAUUGAAAUUUAAAUGAAUAGUUUCAUCUUAUGUUCCAACUUUCAA